UCCACCACAGACCACACCAUAAGAGAAAGUUCAAAAGUGAGAGUGGCAUGUCGAUGAGAAAGGAGGACAUAGACGAAUUACCAAAGAACGCAGCGAACUACACAGCUUUAACGCCGUUAUGGUUUUUAGAAAGAGUAGCUAAGGUUCAUCCAACUAGAAAAUCACUCAUCCAUGGAUCUCGUCACUACACGUGGCAUCAGACUUAUCAACGUUGCCGUCGAUUUGCUUCAGCUCUUUCUAACUCUUCUAUUGGUCUUGGAAACACUGUAGCUGUUAUUGCACCAAAUGUUCCAGCUCUAUAUGAAGCUCAUUUUGGGGUUCCAAUGGCAGGAUCUGUGUUAAACACGGUGAAUAUUAGGCUAAAUGCAUCCACAGUUUCUUUUCUUCUUGAUCAUUGUACUGCAUCAGUUGUAAUUGUAGAUCAAGAAUUUUUUACAUUGGCAGAAGAAUCAUUGAAAAUUUGCUCUGAGAAACCUAACACAUUCAAGCCUCCAAUUUUAAUUGUGAUUGGUGAUGAAAACUGCGACCCUAAGUCGCUUAGAUACGCGUUGAGUAAAGGAGCCAUUGAUUACGAGGACUUUCUUCAAAGUGGUAACCCUGAAUACAAUUGGAAACCUCCUAAGGAUGAGUGGCAGAGCAUUGCUCUCGGUUACACAUCUGGAACGACGUCUAGUCCAAAAGGCGUGGUACUACACCACCGCGGAGCUUAUCUCAUGUCGCAUAGUGCAGCGCUCAUUUGGGGAAUGAAUGAAGGAGCGAUUUUUCUUUGGACUCUGCCCAUGUUUCAUUGUAAUGGUUGGUGCUAUAUUUGGACACUUGCAGCUCUCUUUGGCACUAGCAUAUGCCUCCGCCAGGUAUCAGCUAAAGCAGUAUAUGAAGCUAUUAGCAAGUACAAAGUGACACAUUUUUGUGCAGCACCAGUGGUCCUUAACUCAAUAAUGAAUGCCCGACCGGAGGACACCAUACUUCCUCUCCCUCAUGUCGUACAUGUGAAUACAGGCGGUGCUCCUCCACCUCCAUCUCUUCUUUCCGGCAUGUCAAAACUCGGAUUCCGCAUCACACACCAAUAUGGUCUUUCAGAAACAUUCGGGCCAUCUGUCUACUGUGCCUGGAAAAAAGAAUGGGACUCACUUCCGCCGGAAUCUCAAGCCCGGCUGCACGCAAGACAAGGCGUUCGAUACAUUGCCUUGGAAAACCUCGAAGUUGUGAACAAAAAAACAAUGCAACCUGUUCCGCCUGACGGUAAAACUAUAGGCGAGAUUGUGAUGCGCGGUAACGUUGUCAUGAAAGGAUACUUAAAGAAUCCUAAAGCUAAUGAAGAAUCAUUUGCAAAUGGAUGGUUUCAUUCUGGUGAUCUUGCUGUGAAACAUGAAGAUGGGUAUAUAGAAAUUAAAGAUAGAUCAAAAGAUAUCAUAAUUUCAGGUGGUGAAAAUAUUAGUAGUGUUGCGAUUGAAAAUGUUCUGUAUUCUCAUCCGGCAAUAUUAGAGACUUCAGUGGUUUCUAGGCCAGAUGAGAAAUGGGGUGAGUCUCCAUGUGCAUUUGUUACAUUGAAGCCAGAAGUGGAUAUUAGUAAUGAAAAGGGUUUAGUUGAGGAUAUAGUGCAUUUUUGUAGGACUAAGAUGUCUUCUUAUAUGGUCCCAAAAUCAGUUGUGUUUGGACCAUUACCUAAGACAGCUACUGGUAAGAUACAAAAGAAUUUGUUGAGGGCUAAGGCCAAGGAUAUGGGGCUUGUUAAGAUGAGCAAGUUGUAGUAAUCAUAUUAGAGUGACAAUGUUGGCUUAAGGGAUGGAACUUCUAAGGAGUUCAAAUUUCUUUGUACCUUGAACUAAUUUUUUGUUGGUUGAGUGACAAUAUUUUAAUUGCUCUUAAAAAUAAUAAAGAAAAGCUAGUUGCUUUAAAAUAUGUAUUUUAUUACCAUGUUAUAAGGACAAAGUUUCUAUUGUCGUUGAUGACU